AUGUCAGCCGUGAUAGCGGCCCUCGGCGCCGUCAUCGGCUAUCUCGGCGGUGAUGUGGCACAGAAGAGCACCUUUGAGCGGCUCCUGUGGCCGCAGCGGUUCCACAACCACCUCGACGUGGCCACCGGCGUCAAGCUGGCAUUGCUGCACCCAAUGAGUGGCCCACUGCAGUCGGCAGCCCUGGCGACGCUCGACGACUUCCGCGACAACGGGCUCUACCGCGGCUUCUUGCGCGGCGACAUGCUGGGCACCGCCUUUUACGGCGAGCACCGGGACGUGCGCUACUUCCACCGCACGGCGGCCACACCAGAGCAGCAGCGGACUGCCGACAGCGUCCGCAACGGCUUCUGGUACCAGGUGCUAAAGGAGGUGGAGCGACGACAUGUCCUCCGGCCGGUGGCUUCGGGCGGCAGCGGUGACGACGUGGAAAAGACCGCGGCAGAGACCACGACCGAUAUCACAGUGCCCAGCCGGUCCGUGAAGCUUCUCUUUCGCCUCAGGCUCAGCGUCCUCGACAACGAACCCGCGCCGCCGGGCGCCAACGACGUCGUCGAGACGGACUUGACAAAAUGGACUUUCCUGAGCAUCGUCACCAGCGAGCUGUCAACCAUCUGCGUAGCCGUCGCGACGGGCCUCUGGGCAUUCCUUGGCAGGAAUGCGUCCAACGGACCCGACGCCUGGCUGGUCGGCUAUUUCCUGCUGCCCGUCGUCCUCCGGCUGCUCGCCGCCAUCUCCUCUGUCAGGCGCGAGGACGUAUUUGCCGGCGGCGAGGCCAUUCCAACGCUCUGGACAGAAAGGACUGAUCCACAGUACAAGGAGGUCUUUGAGAUCUACGACUCGGCGGUCGGAUUCAUACUUGGCUUGUCCGCCCCCCCGGCAACAACGGCCAUGACCCAGUUCUUUGUGCACUACGGUCACCCUAUACGACACACCGUCAUAGACAGAGUCCGUGAGACUCUCAGCAUCGCCAUCGUCUACAUCUUUGUGCUCUACUUUCCCGUCGGCCUCUUUGCCCUGUCCUGGAUGAAGACGAGGUCGCAGUACAUCUGGUUGGGACAGCAAUUUUACUGCAUUCUGGCCAUGCACAUUCUGCGCAUUCUCGGCUGGGAGGGCUGCUCGAGGACGGAGGAAAAGGUUGCCAAGAUACUGUACAAGGAUCGCUGCGCGUGUCUCAAGGGAAGGAAUGCCCGCGUGGAAGCUAGGCUGACGAUAGACCACGUUCUGUCUUCACCUCAUACGUUUAAGCUGGCCGACGACUACUGGCCGCUCCGACUGCUCCACAUCCCAACCAGGACAUCAGUACGGCGGCACUCGGCCCACGACUAUCGCGACCCUACGGGUAAGGUGCAUCAGCGGCCUCAAUAUAGCAUUCUCUCAUAUACCUGGGGCCGCUUUAAGGUGGACGGGGGGGAGACGCUCGCCGUAGAAGGAGUGGACUGGCAGAUUCCAGCCAUCAAUCCAGAGCACUUUACGGCCGCAGCGUUCCAGAGGGUGAUCGACGAGCGUCUCGGCAGUGAUGCCAUCGAGUGGGCGUGGAUCGACGUUGCCUGCAUCGAUCAGCGCCCCGGCAACCCCGACAUGGCCAUCGAGAUCGGCAACCAGGCGAGCAUCUUCAACAAGGCGGCCCACGCUUUUGUCUGGCUGACGAGCAUCGUCGGAGGUAGAGAGACAGCCAUCAAGGAUAUUGUCAGCUUUGGCGUGGAGCUGCGCAACUUCAUCGACCACGGCAAGACCGACAAUGGCCUCAGCCUCUUAGAUGUGGUAGCACGCCUGCGGACGGCCUUCGAUACCGUCUUUGAAGACCCGUGGUUCUCGUCGCUGUGGACGCUGCAGGAGAUCGUAAUGCGCAAAGACGCCAUGGCGAUCUCGUUGGCGGCCGAGAAAUUGACCUGGGAUGGCACGGACGCUAUGCACUUCUUUAUGUUCGUCAACACGGCCCAAAACGUGUGGCAGGAUGUGCUGGCCCUCAUCGACCGCGCCGGAAGGCUGCGAUAUGCCGACGCGUACGCAUACAAGCCCAGUUCACCCGUCCAUGAACACGUCUCGCGGAUUCAGCAGUGGCUGCUCUCGACCGGAUUCUACUAUCUGGACACCGACAACCCCAACGUCCAGUACGGCACGGCCAAAUACCGCAAUACGGAACACGACGAGGACCGGAUCUACGCCAUCAUGCAGCUUUACAGCCUCCGGGUGGGAAAGGCAGCCCAGCCGGAUCUCGCCCCGGAACUCUAUCCCGGCUUUGCCCAGCUCGAGCUUGAGUUCGCAGACGCUAUCAACCAGUGCUGUCCCAUGCUCGGACAGAUGUUCACGCACACCGCAUGUGAUGUACCGCGGCACACGUGGUGCAUCACGCGAGACUCGACUGUGCCCGACAGCCUAAUGGACUACCGAGAUCCUAGGCCGCUCGGCCGCAUCUCGCUCGUAGAAUCGGGCACCGCUGUCGCGCACGGCAGGUGUUGCCUACUGGCGGACCUGAACGAGCUCCUGACAAGUCCUGGACGUCGGGAUCUCUCGUCCACCAGCGCACAGCUGCAUCUGGAUGAAUACAUGCGCAAGGCCCUCGAUCCGUCACCGGCGCUCGCCUGGCACAUCCGCUGGGAUAAUACGGUGCUCAUGCCCAAACUACUCAGACGUUAUGGCCGAGAGAACCUGGUACUCCUCCAUCUGGGAAGUCUCAGGUGGCCGGAGUGCGGAAAGGAGGAGCGACGUCGGCAAGUGGCGCUGCUCCUCAGUCCUGUCCACCCGACUACGCCGAACGCUGUCAUCGGAAAGACGUACUUUCGAUACGGCCUGUAUACGUGGAUCGAGUAUACCACAUCGAUGACAGACCAAGUCAGCCGGCUUGCAUGGGAGACGAUGAGUCUGCCCGUCACCUAG